CAAAAUGGCGUCUAAAGACAGGGCGGUGUGUCAGAUUUUCUCAUUUCAGGACCUUAAAACGACCCCAGACCCGAUUUACGACCUCCCAGCGCAGUGCCUGGACCCCAGUCCGGCCACGAUAGUGAUAGACAACGGCUCCUUCCAGACCCGCGCCGGCUGGGCGGCUCCGGCGGCCGAGCCCGGCUCUCCGCGGCUGCUGUUCAGGUCGGUGGCGGCGCGGAGCCGCGGGGCCGCCCGCAGCGACACGCAGAUCGGCAACGACAUCCCCAACCUGGAGCCGCUGCGCUGGCUGCUCAAGAGCCAGUUCGACAGGAACGUGGUGGUCAACUUCGAGAUUCAAGAGCUCAUCUUUGACCACGUCUUUACACAUCUGGGCAUCGGUUCGGAGGGCAGCGUGAAACAUCCCAUCGUGCUGACGGAGGCUCCCUGCAACCCGCUCCACUGCCGGCAGAUGAUGUCAGAGUUGCUGUUUGAGUGCUACGGUGUCCCAUACGUCUCCUAUGGCGUGGAUGGCUUGUACAGUUUGUAUCUCAACAAUUCAAAAAGGACCCCCCAGCCACCACAAACUGGCCUUGUUCUGUCCUCUGGAUGCCACUGCUCACACAUCCUGCCAGUAAUCGAUGGAAGGUUGGAUUCUGUAAACUGUAAGCGUGUGAACCUGGCUGGAAGCCAGUCAGCAUCCUAUCUGCAGCGACUCCUGCAGCUGAAAUACCCGGGUCACCUUGCUGCCAUCACACUCAGCCGCAUGGAGGAACUGCUGCAUGAACACAGUUAUAUUGCUGUGGACUAUCACGACGAGAUGGAAAAGUGGCGUAGCCCAGAGUUUUAUGAGCAGCAAGUUCAUCGUAUGCAGCUUCCCUUUUCUGGAAAGGUGCCAGGUGGCUGUGUGAGUGUGGAGGAGAGGCAGGAAAGACGGGCUCAGCAGCUUCGGCGACUUCAGGAAAUUAACGCUCGCCGCCGGGAGGAGAGGCUGCAGCAGGACCAAGAGAGGCUGGACAGACUUAUGGCAGUGCAGGAGUUGCUGGAGGACGGGCUGUUGGAUCAGUUUCAUAAGAGUCUGGUAGAGCUCAACAUGGACUCAGCUGAGGAGCUGCAGUCAUACAUCAAUAAACUGCAGCUGGCUGUGGAGCAGGGAAGACAAAAACUGCACCCCAGCGACAGAGCGGAGGGAAAGGCAGAGGUGUCAGAGUUAGAGCAGCUGAUGGAUGAGGGAGAUGGAGUGGCAUUGAUGGAUUCUGAUUUCCUUGAGGACGCACUGCCAGAAAAAUCUGCUAAUGUGGCUCAGCCCGCAUUCAACAUGGCAGAGUACCACCAGCUUUUUGUCGGUACGGAGCGUUUGCGAUGUCCAGAAAUCCUGUUUCAGCCCUCCCUGACCGGAGAGGACCAGAUGGGACUGAUGGAAACGCUCCAAUAUGUCCUUGCCAGAUAUACUCCCAAGCAGCAGGAGGCGCUGGUGAGCAAUGUGUUUCUGACAGGAGGGAACAUGCAGUACCCUGGGAUGAAGGAGAGGGUGGAGAGAGAGCUGCUAGCUAUGAGGCCCUUCCAGUCUCACUUCAAGGUGAGGUUGGCAUCACAGCCAGCACUGGACGCCUGGUACGGAGCGCGAGACUGGGCGCUGGAGCAUCCUCCUGAGAGCGGGUCCGAGGGAUGGAUCAGCAAACAGGAGUAUGAGGAGAAAGGAGGCGAGUACCUGAGUGAGCACUGCGCCUCUAACAUGUUCACUCCGAUCAAGAUCGUCAAACCAGUUCCCGCUCGCCCUGCUGAGGCUUCUGUCAACGUGCAAACAUCAUCAGGAGCUGCAGCUGCCAUCACCACGGUUACCUCUGGCCCUGUUUCCGCCCCCUCCACUGUUACUGCUGAUGUUGCAAUGGUUGCCUCCUAAACUGAAGCCUCAGUCGUGCCUGAUUUUGGAACAGAGAGGAGUUUUCUCUUUGGUGCUCUCAUUGAUCUAGUUUGAUUCUCACCAGAGAGUUUGCAGCAACCGAUGACAUUUGAUCAGAGAUGCACCUCAAUGAAGACUUUUUUUUUUUUUUUCUUCCCCAAACGGAAAAUUGAACUCUUGAAAAGGAUUUACAUCAACAUAACGAUGACCAAACAAAAUGUACAAAUACAAGAUUCUUGUGGAAAUUUGUAACUGUUGCAAAAUAUUUAACUUUUUUUAAUAUCUGACAAAACAGUAAAAGGCUGUUCAUAUUGAAUAGUCAUGUAAUUGUUAAAUGUUAAGUUGUAGUGGAAGGAUUUAGUGUAAAUCUGUGUAAAUAGACUAUGUAGGUUUUUUUGUAGUUUUUUUUAUUAUAUCAAUGCUGAUGAAAACCACCUUGUUUUCUAUUGACUGAAAAUACGGUAAUAAAGGUCUUGCAGAUGCCUGAUAUGAAGGGUUGACGUUGAAAGUAUCGUUUAAAGUUGUUAAUUAAGUUCAUUUUGCCUCUCUAGUCCCUGAGUACAGUUGACAUUCAAAUUAAUGAAAUUAUUUGUUUGUUUAAGUUCUGCACACUUGUUCUUUCCUCCUGCUCAAAAUUACUGCCACUUCUGAAUUUAACAUGUGUUCAAAAUACCCAUUCAGCAGUUCAUUUUCUGUUCCUGCUUCGUCCCGUUCAGUCCAUCACGGGGCCACACAAGGCUAAUCACCAAGAAAUAUGUUAAUGAAAACAAAUGAGAAAUACUUAGUAAUUAGCAGAAUGUUAGUGAAGCGCUGAAAGGUAUUGAUCACAAGUCAGAUGCAUUUUGCCUCAUGACGCACAAAAAGUGCCAUAAACACAUUUAUCAGACUCUU